ACGACAUCAAAGAUGGCAAACGAUCCAAGGCAGAUGUGGGAGGCGUUGCAGAAGAACAUCCAGCGAGCACAGCAGCAGGGCAAGAGAUUCGGCGCUGGCGGUGGUGGUGCUCCGGGUCCUAGAGGAGCUUUGACUGGUAUUGGAGGUCUGCUUCUCCUUGGUGGCGGUGUCUGGUUCUUCAACAACGCGCUCUUCAACGUCGAGGGUGGCCAUCGCGCCAUCAAGUAUACAAGAGUAGGUGGCGUUGGCAAGGAGAUCUACAAUGAAGGAACCCACAUUCGCAUUCCCUGGUUCGAGACACCCGUCGACUACGAUGUUCGCGCGAAACCACGAAACGUAGCCUCCCUCACCGGCACGAAGGACUUGCAGAUGGUGAAUAUCACAUGCCGUGUUCUUUCGCGGCCACGAAUAGAUGCACUCCCCCAGAUCUACAGGACGCUCGGCACAGAUUACGACGAGAGAGUGCUUCCCAGCAUCGUGAACGAAGUCUUGAAGAGCGUGGUGGCACAAUUCAAUGCCAGCCAGCUGAUCACACAGCGCGAGAAUGUUUCGAGACUAGUGCGCGACAAUCUUGUGCGGAGAGCAGCCAGAUUCAACAUCCUGUUGGAUGAUGUAUCGCUUACGCACCUUGCCUUCUCGCCCGAAUUCACAGCAGCCGUCGAAGCCAAGCAAGUCGCCCAGCAGGAAGCCCAGCGAGCCGCUUUCGUCGUCGACAAGGCACGUCAAGAGAAGCAGGCAAUGGUUGUUCGCGCACAAGGUGAAGCUCGAUCAGCAGAACUGAUUGGUGACGCAAUCAAGAAGAGCCGAUCAUACGUCGAUCUGAGGGAGUUUGAGAACGCCAGGAACAUCGCCAGCAUUUUGGAGAAGAGUCAAAACAAGGUCUAUCUCGACACAGAUGGCCUCGGUCUCAACAUCUCGCAGUCAAAUUCGGAGAAGGCCGCGGGCAGGAACCAGAAAUGAGGGAGGAGGGAGGCCUUGAUGCUUGAAACCCAUGUAUAAAGAAAAGCUUUGGGGAGAGGAUGGCAUAUGAGGCGCAUUGAGCGUUUUGCCAAGUACGUAUGUAUAGCUACACUACUCAACUUCUGACCUGACA